UAACCUGGCUUUGACAGAUUUGUGUGGGAGCACUGCUCUCAUCCCGAAACUCUUAGACACAUUUUUGUUUGACAGGAGAUACAUUGUCUAUGAGGCAUGCUUAAGUUAUAUGUUCUUUGUUUUGUUCUUUGGAAGUGUGCAGUCAUGGACACUUGUCACAAUGUCAUAUGACAGAUUUAUAGCAAUUUGCUUCCCUUUAAGGUACCAUAGCAUUGUGACAAAAUCAGCUAUUGCUGCAAUGCUGCUGUUUGCGUGGCUUUUUUUCCUAAGUGUAAUAGCAUUCAUGGUUGGGCUUAUUAAUCGUCUCUCCUUCUGCAGAUCUUUGGUGGUAGAGAGCUUUUAUUGUGAUCAUGGACCAGUAUAUCGUCUGGCGUGUAAUGACACGUCUUUAAAUUACAUAUUAGCAUAUGUUGUUUUAAUUACAAUUCUUUGUGUUCCUCUAUUAUUAAUAGCAUUGACAUAUGUUUGCAUUUCCAUUGCACUGAGCAGGAUUGCAUCAGGAGAAAAACGAGUCAAAGCAUUGAAAACUUGUACUUCUCAUUUGAUUCUUGUGGCUAUUUUCUUCCUCCCAAUCUUGAGCACCAACAUAGCUGUAUUGACCUCCUACAUCCAUCCUAAUGCCAGGAUCAUAAACUCCACUUUGACACACACCUUACCAGCUUUGCUUAAUCCCAUUAUAUACUCUUUAAAGACAGAAGAAAUGCUUAACUCUAUCAAGAAGCUUUGCAAAAGAAAUAGCAUUUGCAACGCAACCUCAUCCAAAAAGGCGAAUGUGGAAGCAAAAAAUUGAUUUGUCUUAUAUUUGUGCUGAUAAUUAUACUGCACCAAACAUAGUGCACUUAUCGUCA